AUGAUAGGAGUUGUUUUAGUUUUGCUUGUAUUAGGAAGUGAAGGAAAUUCGUUUAAUUUAAAUGAAGAUCCACUAAAGUUGUUUGAGCAAUUUAAACAAGAAUAUAAAAAAGAGUAUUUGACUGUUGCUGAAGAGUUAAGAAGAAAAGCUAUCUUUAUACAAAAUGUUGAGAUGAUGAGAGAGCACAAUGCAAAAGGAAGUUCUUAUAGAAUGGGAAUUAAUAAAUUUGCAGAUAUGGAAAGCAAUGAACUUCUUGCAACAUCAAGUAUAAUCCAAAGUAAUAGAAGAAUGGGUGCAAAAAGAAUUCAAGAAAUGAUUCGAAUGGAAAAAGUAUAUUCAACAAAACAAACUCUUAAACAAGCUGUUCCAGAUAAUUAUACAUUAUGUACUUCUGAAGCUGAAUAUAAUUAUUGUGGAACCAAUAAUAUUGACCAAAAUUUAUGUGGUGGAUGUUAUGCAAUUGCAACAGCACAUCAUUUAUCAACAAUCUAUGCCUAUUUAACUAAACAAGUUGAUAAUAAUAAACCAAAACGAAAAAUGUUAUCUGCCCAACAAUUGCUUGAUUGUAAUACCGAGUCAUGGGGUGGAUGUGGAGGAGGAUUUGCUGAAGAUGUUCUUGAUUCUGUAGAUGGAAUUUAUUAUGCAGAUGAUUAUCCAUUUAUUGACGCUGAUAAAGAUUGUGAAAAUGUUACAGAUUGUGCAAAAUAUAGACAUGAAUGUAAAUCACUAGAAAUCGAUUAUCCAUUAAAAUUUGCUACUAGUAAUAAAUUUACUCACUUUGCCAAUAAAAAUUGGGAAGAAAUAAAAGAAAUUAUUUAUAAAUAUCAUGGAUUUAUUAGUGCAAUGAAAGUUACUGAUUCAUUAUUGAGAUAUGUAGGUGGUAUUUAUAAGUCUGAAAGUUGUACUGGAAAAAUUACUGAUCAUAUUGUUGUUGUUGAUGGUUAUGGAGAAUGUGAUGGACAUAAAUUCCUUUGGGUAAGAAGCUCUUGGGGAAAUGAUUGGGGAGUUGAGAAUGGACAUUUCAAAAUUGAUUGGAACACUCUUUGUGGUAUUAAUGGCGUUGAUGAAUAUGACGAUGGUUCUCAACUUCAAAAUAAUUUAUAUGUUGAAAUGUAA